AUGCAGUAUGGGAAGCAGAUUGAGAAGAUUAAGAAGUCUGGCGUUGAGAUUACAGACAUGAUAUUGUCCCCUGAGAUAGCUUUCACUGGAGAUACAACUGCAGAGUAUAUGCUUGAUCCUCGUAACGCUGAUGCGUUGAGAGCCAAAGUUCUUAUUUCUGAAAAUCCUAUUGGAGGGAUUGUGUAUCAUUUGUAUCACAUUAUAGCUUCUGAGCUUGAUCUAUCUGGUAGGCAACGUUCUUGGAUGAAAGUUUUAGCAAUGAGCAUGCGCAGCCUCUUGGGCACACUCAUAUAUAUCUCAUGUGAAGGGCAAGGGGAAAGUGGCUAA